CUAAAUAACGACGGGGACAACAGCAGUAGCGUCCCCUACACGAAAAAGCAAAGCUUGGGAGUUGCAACGUUGCCGAGCACCCGACCCGCGCUGUGCAAAAGAGACCGCAAUCCAGCACCCAGAAACGCGAUACUGAGGCCGUUUUUUCUCUUGCUUCUAGUGAUUUUUCGCACGAGCUCUAUGAACACCCCUGCUGUGGAUUCGGACUCGAACCACCAAGGUGUGUUGCGAGUUGACAAGAGACAGGAACUAGCUCCCCCACCGAGUGCUUUGGGCCGGAGGGUACAGGAGCACAUCGGUGGGCCUCAGGCGCUCAGCUUGGAGUGCAGCACAACAUUGACACAAGGUGGGAGGGUUAUCACCCCCUUGGCUGGAGCUGGUGUGCAUACUGUAGAAGGCGAUGGCAAAUGCGGGUGGAAUGCGCUGCGUGCGGGUCUGCAAGUUUGCCUGGGUAGAGCAAGGACUCCCAANGACCNAGCAAAUUCGGGCAGCAGUUGCCCGUAGAGCCAUGGGACAUGUCAUCGGCGCACCCGAUGUCCCUGAGGACUCGACAGCGGUACUCUCAAAGCGCCAACUUGGGCGGGCCCUGAGUGUGAAGGUACCGCAUGUUUUAGGGGAUGUCGAACACGGGAUGGCCGCGGAGGAUAAGACGGUUAGGUGGUUUUGCGAUCUAGCCUGGCAAAGUGCGGAGAAGUGGGUUGACGUUACCUGGAUGUCCUUCCUGGCCUCAGAGUACGGGGUGAAUAUCAUGGUGUGGGAGCCAAGCGCUAAGCACGGCACAGUCCAGGCUUACUUAGGAAACAACACGGCAGGCAUGUUCUUGUUCGAGAAAGAAGACAAAAUGGACGAGGAAGGAGAUCACUGGGUGCAUCUACUCUAUCGAGAGCACGCGAAUCCAUGGCUAGCGCGUAAUCAAAACCAUAACCUCAACCACUUCGACCGUCUGCAGCUUGGACACGAUGCAGCUGCUUCCUUCGUCGACGUCGUUGCAUCAGCGAAGCUGCAAUUGGGCACGGUGACGUUGAUGCCGUCAGCGAUUUACACAGCAGGCGGGGAGGCGGGAGGGUCCUCACUGGUGGGCGGAGAAGAAAAGGACCAUCCCGAUUUCAGCAUGGGACCUCCCCCCCGCGGCAGCAACAGCAGUAGCAGCAGCAGCCAGAAGGAGGGGGUCAAGGCUGGAGCGGGAAAGAAAAAGAAGGGGGAGAUCGGACCGAAGGUCGUGGUGAAGCGACCUACCGCGGGGCAGACAGCGGAGAACAAGAAGCUCAAGGGCAGGGGUGCAUCAGGGAAGCACAAGGCCGGAGUUGCGCCAGGGAAGAAGCGCAAGGCGGUGGUUGCGCUGGGGAAGCGGAAAGCGGAGGUUGCACCAGGGGAUGGGAGACGUGCCAAAAAAAAUGGCAAAACUACACCGACCGGUGGGAGGAAAUCCUCGAAGGCCAACGGCGAAGACGACAAUGCCAACUAUGAUUCCGACGGCAGUAUCGGGGGGAGGGACGUAGACCACACGCAAACCCCGGGCGCCUUCGCUACCAUGUCGCAGAACCGGAAGAAGCUGGUCACGGCCAUGAAGAAGAUUCCGGAGCGGGGUUACAAGCGGGCGUUCUGGCUGACCAACAAGAGGAGGGAGCUGGGUAUGAAGCUCAAGAAGAUCGCCGACGAGGAGAAGGCGAGGCUCAAGAAGACGGAGGAGAGAAAAAAAAAAAAACAGCAUCGACCACGCGAGGAGGUGGAGGAGGAGGAGCGGCGGGAGAGAGAGGAGCUAGAGAAGCAGCAGCAGCAGCAGGAGGAGGACGAGGAAGAGGACGAGGAGGUCGUAUGGACGGACCGCGGCAUUCCUGACUUUGCGGGGACAGACGACCACAAGAAAAGAACCCAGCGGGAGACGGUCAGCGCUGCCUCGCUGUCGGCGUCCGCGCGCGAGAAACUGCCCUCUCUCGAUACGUUCAUGGACAACCUCGACGAGUCCGGCAAGUUCCCGCUACAUGGGUUGAUGAUGACGUGCUUCGAUAUGAUGUUCCCGGACGAGGCGGUUGAUCUUUUUGUUGACAAGACCAACAAGUACGUGAACCUUUGCACCACGCCACCACUCCCGGGAGCGAAGGACACGCGGAAAGCGCAUCAGGUGAAGAAGACGAGAACUCUCGGCAUGGUCACGCUGCCCGAACCCGCAUUCGAGCGGAAGCACAUCUACGGUAUGCUUGGCAUCACGAUCACGAUGGGGCUCACCAUGAAAACGCGCAUGAGGAAGCACUGGAGUAGGUCGCUACACGACGACUAUCCUUUAGUGAGGAAGUGCAUGUCGCGCGACUUGUUCGAGCUGUUGUACUCCCGUUUCAUCCACUGCUCGGACGGCAACGCUCCUCCUCGUUGGACGGGCGNCAUGAAAACGCGCAUGAGGAAGCACUGGAGUAGGUCGCUACACGACGACUAUCCUUUAGUGAGGAAGUGCAUGUCGCGCGACUUGUUCGAGCUGUUGUACUCCCGUUUCAUCCACUGCUCGGACGGCAACGCUCCUCCUCGUUGGACGGGCGAGGACAAGACCCCAAACCCAGAGUUCGAUUCGAAGUGGCACAUCAGAGAGCUGGAAGACAUCUUGAACAAUGCAUGGACGGAAAACAUGGACUUCAACGAGUGGCUAUGCUACGAUGAGCAGAUGAUGAGGACCGUGUCGACGUUCGCGCACUACCUCAUGAGAGACAACCCCAAGGAGCCCAUCACCCACGGCAUGAAGCUGUUCGCGAUCUGCGACAUCGAGGGGUAUUGUUUCGUCAGCAGCGUCGACGGUGGAAUGAACGGGGACCCGAAGCUGAGGGUUUGGUUUGACUGCCCACUGGGGCGGACCACUCGCCACGUCCUACAUGUCCUACUCGGCGCCUGCAAGAAGUUCGGUGACAAGAUCGACGGCUCUGGCGUGCACAUCGCAAUGAGCAACAACUUCACAAGCCCGACCCUAUUCGAGUGCCUCGCGAGCCACGACAUCUUCGCGGUGGGUACGUGCCGAUCGAAUCGAACGGGUGGUGCCGUGCCUUACUUGCAGAGCCUCGAUCGCCGCCCCGUCGAGCGGGGAGAAAUGCACUUUGCCCGCGCCGGCAAUGUCGCAUUCGUGCAGUGGCUAGACUCGAAGGAAAUCAUUCUGUGCAGCUCCAUCCACAUCGCCCAACCUCACGCCGCCAUCGGGGAGCCCAAGAAGGAGGACGACGACGGCGGCGACGACCACUUCGCACCUCUACCGUACAGGUGCUUCGUCUGUAUCCCGCCAUCCCGUCCCCAUCCGUUCAUGUUCAGUCUGCGCAAAGCUGGUCAGGCUGGGAAAAGCUUGGAGCUACAGCAGCCGUGGAUGCGCAAGGAUUAUGUUGCCAACAUGGGGGGAGUAAACACGGCUGACCGGCAGAAUGGGUCCCACACCCAUGACCACGAGUCGUAUACGAACCACUGGCGAGGAGUGAUGGAGGGCAAGUUCAAGCAGACGUUCACCAACAUUUUUGUGAUGUUCAAAAAAUACGUGUCCCUCUUGGAGGGUCAGGCCAACAAGAGGAUCGAGGGAGGAGGCGUAGAGCUUGAGGUGGUGGAGAAGUUGGAUAGGUUGUUGGUCGAACUGGGCAGGUUGGCGAAGAUGGAGAGGGCGGUCUGGGACGAAAUGUUGUCGACGGAGCUCAUGGCGAGGUGCAAUGUUGGUAGACCGAACAACGGGGGAAGACCGGCGGAGGUGACGGGUGCCCCGGACAAAGUGUGGGGGAGCAUUUCGGUGAAGACUCAACGCAAAUGCAUGCACCCCGGAUGCAAGAGUAAGACAUGGAAAGGAUGUGCCUGCGCGGAGCUUUGUGUUGGCAAACAGGCAGGGGACCGGGGUGUUUUGAUGUGCCAGGCAUGCUUCAACAACCCUGUGAGGCACGGUAGGGCCGGAGAUGCUCAACGGAACCCCCAGAAGUACGGGGUGGUGGGACGCAAGGAUCUCGUCUGGUGCUCGUGA